GAUUCAGACGCCGAACUUUUCAUGUACUUAAUUCAAUGUAUUUGGUUCGGCUCAUGAAAAGUUCGGCGUCUGAACUGGGCCUUACUUCCGCCUCUCUUCCGCGUUUUUCGGUUCAAUAGAGUUCGUCGCGUGCAAGAUUUGGUCGCUUUCGUGCAAAGAGAAUUUAUUAAGAAGUAAAAAAGCCACUGAAAAAUAAGCAUGUCUCAACCACCACAACCAACAACUACCGCCAGUGAGUCGAUCAAGUGCAGCGUAUCCGAUUGCUGGCGUGCACUGCAGAAAUUACGAUCGGAUGGUCCUCUUGUUCAGUGCAUUACAAACUACGUAUCAAUGGACAUCAUGGCUAACACUCUCCUCGCGAUCGGAGCAUCGCCUGCCAUGGCACACGCCGAGGAAGAAGUAGAAGAAUUUGUGCCCUUGGCCUCCGCACUGGUGAUCAACAUUGGAACCCUCUCCAACCCAUGGAUCAAGUCCAUGCACAAGGCGGCAGCUAAAGCUCACGAACUGGGGAAGGUCUGGGUGCUGGACCCAGUGGGAGUGGGUGCCACCAACUUGCGAACAAAGACAGCAACAGAUCUGGUUCUUUCUCACAAGCCCACAGUGAUUAGGGGUAAUGCCUCUGAAAUCAUGGCACUGGCCAAGAACAUUUGUGCAGCAUUGAAUGUUGAAACAUCAGCUGGAGGUCAAAAAGGAGUUGACAGUUCUGAAAGUUCUGACAAUGCCCUCAUGCCUGCCCAAGCCCUUGCCUCAGAGUGCCAUUGUGUUGUUGUUGUCACAGGAGAACAUGACUUUGUGACAGAUGGCACAAGGGUGAUCAAAGUAUCAAAUGGUCAUCCAGUUCUUAAAAUGAUAACUGCUGCUGGAUGCACACUGACUGCUGUAAUAGCAGCAUUUGUUUGUUUAGAAGAUCCAACAGAUGUCAAUCUUGUGAUGAAGGGUUGUGCAUGUGCAUUAAGUGUCUUUGGAAUUGCUGCAGAACUGGCUGUUAAAAAUCCAGCUUGUAAGGGUCCUGGAAGUGCCAGAAUGCACAUGCUAGAUGCGUAUAGUGGCAUCACUAUAGAAACAUUGUGGAACAUGGCCAAAUUCUCCUGAGUCAAAAAGACACAAAGAAAUAAGUUUAAAACUUUAGACAAAGACUUAGUCACUUUUCACAUGGACACUUCAAGCUUUGUAACUUUUAACAACUGACACAUUUUCCUUUGUUAACUUCAAAAUGCUUUAUUUUAGUGAACUACCACAGUAUUAAUGGCAGCCUGUGACAGCGCACACAAAGGUGCCUCUGACUAGUUCAACACACAAAAUAGUGAAAUGUUAUUUAUAGUAAAUGUUAUUCACACAAGUUUGUUUGUCAGGAUAGAGCAAAGUUGCUGCAGUUUACAAUAUAGCUGACCCUCUCUCAGUACAUGGCUGUAUUUGAAUGACAGGCAUGGGCACAGGUUAUCCAAACUAAAAUCUUCUGAUAAUCAUGCAUUCUGAUAUUGGCUAAGGUGACUGAACUUCAACAACAGAGAAGGCUCAUAAAGAAAUCUGCUGAAAGGAAUUUUAAAAGAGAAACAAACAAACAAACAAAACCAUGCACAUAAAUAGUUACAUAUGGCUCAUUGUGAAAUAAUAAAAACACCCAUAACCAUC